ACUUCCUGCACUCUGCAGCUUUGUUCUGUUUUCUUCAGCCUGCUGACACAUGAGCAGCUGUUUCAAUUCUUUCUCUUUGAUUUUGCGUAUUUCAGCCACACAGUCAGAAUGAAGAUAGCAGCCUUUAAUGCCAAGAACCUCGGACAGAAAAAAGUUGCAGACAAGACUGUCGUCCGCUACCUCACCAAGGUCAUGUCUCGGUACAGCGUGGUGGUGAUACUAGAGGUGAUGGAUAAGAGCGGCGAAGCCAUGCAGAAGUUAAAACAAGAACUCAACAACGCUGCCGACAACAGACAGCGUCCCUACACCAUGAUCUCCAGCGACCAGCUGGGACGAGACACGUACAAGGAGCAGUUUGUUUGUUUCUACAGAGAGGACGAGCUGACGCUGACGGCCCACUACCAGUAUGAAGACAAUCAGGCUGGAGACAAAGACGUCUUCGCCAGAGAGCCUUUCAUCCUGCGCUUCAGCUGUCCCACUGCAGCUGUGAAGGACCUGGUUCUGAUCCCAGUUCACACCAAACCAGACGACUCUGUGAAGGAGCUGGACGAGCUGCACGAUGUGGUCAACGCUGUCAGGACGAAAUGGGGAACUAAUAACAUCAUGAUUUUGGGGGACUUUAACGCAGAUGGACAAUAUCUCUCCAAGAAGAAGAAGAAAAACAUCCGCAUCCACUCUGCUCCUUAUCACUGGCUGAUAGAAGAUGAUGUGGACACAACGGCGAGCAACCAGAAUGACAACACCUACGACAGGAUCGUGGUGUACGGGAAGACCAUGCUGAACGCCAUCGUCCCCGGCUCGGCCAAACCUUUCAACUUCCAGAAAGAGUUCAAGCUGACCGAUGAGGAAACCCUCAGCAUCAGUGACCACUAUCCUGUGGAGGUGGAGCUGAAGAGGAAGGAAACACCGAGGCAGAGGAGGGCGGCGGUUCCCCGAGCAGCAAACAUGACGUCUAUUAGAGGACAAACUGAGAAGAAAGGACCACAAAAGAAGAGGAAGGCUGAGGCAGCAGGACCACAGAAGAAGAAGAAGAAGGCCGAGAAAAGGAAGCGUUAGGUGCAUCCAAGACACCAACGAAGGCAAAACAUCAGGACAAACAUUAAACAAACGUCCACGAUUUUAAACCACCAAAUGUAAAACUCCAUAUUAAGU